AUGUCAAACAUCUAUGUUAAUACAAGUAACAUUAAUAAUGUUUCAUAAACUUAAAAGAAAAGAAUAUUUGAUAAUACUCUGCAAAAUUAAACUCAAAAUCAUUUAUAAUUGCCAACUUAAAAAUAACCUUAGUUAAGUAUUAAUUCAUUACAUAUUGAUCCUGACUUAUCUUAUAUUGCACCUCUUGAAAUUGAGUAAUAAAAGCCUGCUUCUAAAAUUGAAGGUUAAAUAAAAAGCGAAAUUAGAAAUGAAUAAAUAUCUUAAGAAGAUCCAGCAAAGCAAAGUUUAUUGAAAGAGGUUUAAUUAGACAAUUUAGAAAAUAUUUUUACAUUGUUUCGAUCUACAGUACCAAUCAAUUAAUCAAACCUUUAAACUUCAAGAUUGACUACAUCAAAUUUAGAGCCUUAAUAUUAUUAAUAAUUAGAAAUAGAUGCAGAAAAUAUAAGAGAUCGAAUCAAAAUGGAAGGCCGAACUGUACAUACUAUAAUUGAAAAACAUAGUAGAAUUAAACAAUAAAAGUUAAAUGUUAUUUAAUAACUUAAAAAUAUCUAAACUACAUUAUUCUCAUAUGAUUCAUGUACUUCUUAUUCAAAAUUUUAAAGAGAAAUCAAAUAUACAUUUAAUUAAUUUGAAUCAAAAGCUGAUGAAUUAAGAGAUUUAUUUAAUGAAGCAUUUAAUUUUAUGUCAGUUGUUUCUGUGGCUGCAUAUGAAAGAUUACAUAAACCAUUCGAUGAAUCAGAAAUUGUAAGUGAAGCUGAAUUUACAUCAAUAUCUCUAAAGCAUUUCUCAGAUAUAGAAUUAAUUGCCAAAGAAUAUGAAUAAACUCUCUCAGAAAAAAGAAGGUAAAUAAUAUACAUAAUUAUUUAGAUUAGGAAAUAUAAAUUAAAAUCAUCACCAAUAUAAAUCUGUUUGUUCAAAAUUAUUAUAAUUAAUUAAAUCUUUUCCUUUGUAAGAAUAAGACUUCUAACAAAAAAUGAUUAAUUUAUAAAGAGUUUCCUCAAUAUAUUUUAAAGGUGUUUCAAGAGAUAUCUAAAUAUGUUUAUCAAAUUACUAACUUAUUAUUUAAGAUUAUAGGUUAUCACUAGCAGCUAUUGAUAAAAUUGUUAUUCAUAAGGAUUUAUUAUAAGAAUAUUAUGAUAGCUUUGAUCAUUAUUAAUAUCUUAUUUUUUAUUUAAAUUAAUAACCUUAAAAUUACAAAGAUAACUAUUAUUAAUUUAAAUAAUAAAAAGAUGAACUUAAAUUUGUAUAAUUUAAUUAAAGCAAAUAUUUUUUUGCUAUGAAGAAUAAAAUUUAUUAGAAAUCAUGUUUAUUUAUUGAAACAAUUCAAAAUUAAGUAAACUCAUAAAAAAAAGCAGUAGAAUUUAUAAUACCUUUGAUAGAUUAAUUUAAAAAAUAUUAAAAUAACAAUUUUUAGGAUUUUUUUGAUUAAAUUUUUAAUAAUUUAUAAUAAUCCAUAUCAAAAGAAUAAUGGUAACAUCUUAUUAAUUUAUAUUAAGAAGUGUAAUAAGGGAAAUGUAUAUUGAAAAUAAUACUAGUAAAAUUAAACAAUUUAUAAUAAUAACAUCCUACAUUAAGCGAAUUUAAAGAGAAGUUUAUUCGAAAAAUCGAAUAAGAACUUAAAUUUAUUUAAUCAUUGAAUCCAAAAGUAGAACCAUACAUAAGCAUUCAGGAUAUUGAUGCCCAUGUUUAAUAUUUGACAUUUAAAGAUAGUUUUGAAAAAUAAAGGUAGGCUAUGGAUUUAAAAAUUCAAGAAAUAGUUGUUAAUUUACCAUAGCAAUUAUUAUUAAGUGAUAUUGAGAGUUAAAACUUAAAAAAAAUAAAUAUUGAAAAGUUUUUUAGUCAAUCACAUUAAUUAGAAUAAACUGCAAUGAAAUUGUAAAGAAAAAAAGUAUCACCAGAUUUUGAACAUAUUAAGUCAUAAUUACAUGGUGAUAUAAUAUUUGAAAAAGAUGUUAUUUGUCUUUUAGAAUCUAUGCAAUAUUUGCAUUCUGGAAAUUUGUAAAUGAUUAUAGAAGAUUUUAAUGAAAUAGAUUUGAAGAAUAAUAAUAGUUCAUUAUAAUAAUUGAUAGAAGUAGUGAUAGAGAGUCAAAAAAAAAUUGAAUUAAUUUAAAGUGAUAAAUUAUCAGAAAUAAAAUAAGUAUAAGUAUAAGGAUUUAAAUGGAUAUUAAAUUUAUUCAAAUAAUAUGAUUAAUUUAGAAAAGUAUUUAUUCUUAAAUAUAAAGAAUUUAAUUGAAUUAAUUUUCCAAAUCUAGGAGGAGUAAUAAAUUGAAUAUUAAAGAACAAUUUAAAUAUAAAAUUAUGAAGACUUCAUAACUAUAAACAGAUUUAGCCAUUUAUUUUAUUAUUUAAAUUAAUAUCCUCGAAAGUAUUAACAUUGGGCGACAAUAAAGAAUGAAUUGAUUAAAGUCAUAUUGAGUUCAUUUAAGAUUUUUUAAAAAAAAGUGAUGGAAAAAGUAGAUGUUUUAGGUGGAGAGAAACCAAUAAGUUUUCUCUAAUUAGAUUAAGAUAAUACAGAGAAGAUAUUGAGAUGGUUUUCAUUGGAAUAACAUCACUCAAAUUUAGCCAAAGCAAUUUUAUUAUAUUAGGGUUAUAAAAAGACUAAAAAUUCUAAUUCUCAAUUUUCAGCUUCGUAUUAAUAAUAAGAUUAAAAGUAAAGACAAUUAAUGGAAAUAUAAACUAAAAUGUUUGAUAUAAUUAAUAAAUUUCAAGACUAAUUACAAUUACUUUCUUGUGAAAUUAAGUUUGCUUAUCAUAGCUCAGCCGAAACAUUAACAGAGGAAGAAUUAGAUAAAAUAAUAUUUACAGAAUUAUAAGAGGAAUGGGUUUUAGAUUAUAUGGAAAAAGGAUAAGAUCUCUCUUUCUUGGCAGAUUUAUAAAACUAUUCAGGUAUAUUUGAUAGUGUAUUAUUAAAUUAAAGUUUGAUAUUUAUCAAUUUGAAUUAGAUCUUAAAGUAAAAUGUUUAUAUAAUUUAGAACAUAAAAUGAAAUAGAUGUAAAAUAAAUAAGAAAUAAUCUUUUCUAAGUAAUUAAACAUUAAACAUGA